AUUACGCAAAUAAACUCAGCCAGUGAAAGUUUCCGUCCCUCCCUCCUGCUUCAUCAGAAAACUCCCACUUUACACUCCGAGUCUAACUUCACAUUUGCCCACUGGACUUUGAAAUAUUCCCAGACUCCGUCGUUCUCUGGGGAUUUGUGUGUUUGCAGAGUGCAGUGUGUGACUGAUCUCCUCCUGUGCGAGUUGACAGUGUUGAAGGAAAUUAUCAUCAUCAUGAGCUUGGAAGCCCGUCCGUCCUGGGACAGUCCUAUGCAGUUUGUCCUGGCAUGUGUGUCUUAUGCAGUGGGACUUGGGAAUGUCUGGCGUUUUCCGUAUCUCUGCCAAAUGCAUGGAGGAGGUGGGUUUCUGAUCCCGUAUCUGCUGAUGCUGGUGCUGGAGGGGAUUCCUCUGUUCUGCAUGGAGCUGGCCAUCGGGCAGAAGAUGCGUCUGGGGAGCAUCGGAGCGUGGACCGCCAUCAGCCCGUAUCUGGGUGGACUGGGCAUUGCCAGUGUUGUGACCUCCAUGUACUUGUGUCUGUACUACAACGUCAUCAACGCAUGGAGCUUCUGGUAUCUCUUCCAUUCAUUUCAGUCAGUGCUGCCCUGGGCCGAGUGUCCCGUCAACAGUAACCGGACGGGGUAUCUGGAGGAGUGUGAGGUGGCUUCACCCACACAGUACUUCUUCUACCGCGAGACGCUGAACAUCUCGUCCUCCAUCGAUGAGAACGGAGGCAUUCACAUGGGCCAGGCGCUGUGUCUCCUGCUGGCCUGGAUCAUAGUCUACCUGUUCAUCGUCCGAGGGGUCAAAUCUACCGGAAUGGUCGUGUAUUUUACAGCUACGUUUCCAUAUGUGGUUCUGAUCAUCUAUCUGAUCCGUGGAGUCACUCUUCACGGGGCCUGGAACGGAGUGAAGUACUUGUUCACACCCAAGCUGGAGCAGUUGGCAAACCCUCAAACAUGGAUCAACGCUGCCACUCAGAUCUUCUUCUCUCUGGGUUUGGGCUUCGGCUCUUUGAUCGCUUUUGCCAGUUACAACCACCACAACAAUAACUUCGAGAGGCAGGCCGUGGUCGUGUCACUCAUUAACUGCGGCACGUCUGUGUUCGCCAGCAUCGUGACCUUCGCCAUCUACGGCUUUAAAGCCACCUUCAACUACGAAAGCUGUUUGGAAAGGAUGAGGCUGUUACUGCUCAACACAUUCGAUCUGUCUGAGGACACCAUCAGCGUUGAGAACGUCAGCUCUUGGAUCAGUCAUUUGAACUACACUCAUCCUGAGAGGUUUGCGGCCAUCGCUUCAAAGAUCGAAGACUGCAGUCUAGAGGCGGAACUAGACACGGCGGUGGAGGGCACCGGUCUGGCGUUUAUAGUGUACAGUGAGGCCAUUAAGAACAUGCCUCUGUCUCAGCUGUGGUCUGUGCUGUACUUCAUCAUGCUGCUGCUGUUAGGGAUGGGGAGCAUGCUGGGAAACGUCACGGCCAUCAUCACUCCACUGGGAGACCUCAAGUUUCUGUCACGCACACUCAGCAACGAGACCAUCAACGGUCUGGUGUGUCUUCUCUGUUUACUUCUGGGUUUCGGCUUCACCAGCCGUUCGGGCAACUACUGGUUCACCAUCUUCAAUGAAUACGCCGCGACGUUUUCUCUGCUCUUCAUCGUCCUCAUUGAAGUCAUCAGUGUGUGUUACGUCUAUGGAUUGAGAAGGUUUGAAAAAGACAUCGAGGACAUGUUGGGGCAUCGGCCGAACUGGUACUGGAAGCUGAUGUGGGCCGUGAUCAGUCCCGUGCUCCUCAUCAGCCUCUUCAUCUUCUACAUCAUCAACUACAUCCAGGGCGGGACACCGACAUACCAGGCCUGGGACAAAGAUCUGGGUAAGUCAGUGGUGAAGGAGUAUCCGCUGUACGGUCAGGUCUUCAUCGUUCUUCUGCUGGUGUCUUCGGUCAGCUGUGUCCCGCUCUCGGCUCUCUACGCCUUCUGUCGGAGGAAGCAGCGAGGAACCCCUGUCCCUCAGCAAACACUCAACACCGAGUCCUCCGACAUCUAAACUCAGACUCUCGGGAAACAGACGUGUUUG